UGCCCAGGGAAAUGUUUCAGGCUUUCCCUGGAGACUACGACUCCGGCUCCCGGUGCAGCUCCUCACCCUCCGCCGAGUCUCAGUAUCUGUCUUCAGUGGACUCCUUCGGCAGUCCACCUACCGCCGCCUCCUCCCAGCCACAUACGGACAGAGGCUCGCUCCCUCUGCGCCGGAUGCCCGGUCCCUCCUGUGUGUCCGAAGAUAAGCCUGUUGCCGCUAACCAGAGGAGACCCAGCCAGGUGGUCUCCGGGAGCCCCGCCCCCUCUGGGUUCCCAGGAUGCCGAUUGGCCGGCGAGCCAGCCCUUCCCUCACCACGCCCCCUUGAGAGUAGUUAAGCCUUCAGAGCUGUUUCAGGAUUCCGUUUGCGGGUGGGGGGAGACGCGCCCUGCUCGGGCCUGGGGGCUUAGGUCCUACACCAUUCGUCCUCUGCGACAGUCCGAGGGGGCCCGGGUGGUCACUUUUUGCUACCUAUCCGUUCGCCCUAACCUGUCACUUGCUAUUCUCACUGGGGGAGAGACAGUUACUUGAAACGUUGUUCUAAACUCCUAGACCAGUUCCCCAACACCCCCUUAGCUGGGACCCCAGACCCUGCACAGGACCUUGCACAGAGGGGUGUGUGUGUAUGAGUGUGAGUGUGGAGAAAGGCUUGGCCUAAGGCCUCUCCCUCUCCCUCCCUUUGCCUCUGGGGUGGGGGUGGGGUGUUGUGGCUGUGGCUCCGUCCCGGGGAUUCUGUCACCCGGCUGUGUCCAGCCUCCUCCCCGCCCCCUACACCUAAGAGUCACCAACCCAGGGUGUGAUUCACCACCCGCUGGAACCGUGCAACCUUUCCCCGAGGAAGAAGGAGGAGGUAGAAGCCAGUUGAGCAGAAAUCCUCUCAUUAACCACUGCGUCACGGUGUAGUGGAAGGGUGGGUGUUGUGGCUUUUUGCCUGUGACACACACAUCCACACCCGCUCGCCCUGUGCUCACUCACGGGGUCGGUGUGUGUUAUGUGUGUUGGGCGUGUGUGUGUCGGUGUCUUUGUUUGUGUGUCUACGCCUGUGUGUGUAUGUGUCACCCCGUAGGAGUGCGCCGGUCUCGGGGAAAUGCCCGGUUCCUUCGUGCCCACGGUCACCGCGAUCACAACCAGCCAGGACCUCCAGUGGCUCGUGCAACCCACCCUCAUCUCUUCCAUGGCCCAGUCCCAGGGGCAGUCUCUGGCCUCCCAGCCCCCGGCUGUCGACCCCUACGACAUGCCAGGAACCAGCUACUCCACUCCAGGCCUAUGUGGCUACAGCAGUGGCGGAGCUGGUGGCAGUGGUGGGCCUUCCACCAGUGGACCAGCCAGUGGACCGGGGCCUGCCCGCCCAGCUCGAGCCCGGCCUAGAAGACCCCGAGAGGAGACGCUUACCCCGGAGGAAGAGGAGAAGCGAAGGGUCCGCCGGGAACGGAACAAGCUGGCAGCAGCCAAGUGCAGGAACCGCCGGAGGGAGCUGACUGACCGACUCCAGGCGGAGACUGAUCAGUUGGAGGAAGAAAAAGCAGAGCUGGAAUCGGAGAUUGCCGAGCUCCAAAAGGAGAAGGAACGUCUGGAGUUUGUGCUGGUGGCCCACAAACCGGGCUGCAAGAUCCCCUACGAAGAGGGGCCCGGGCCCGGGCCCGGCCCGCUGGCGGAGGUGAGAGGUUUGCCGGGGUCUGCAUCCGCUAAGGAAGAUGGUCUCAGCUGGCUGCUGCCGCCCCCACCACCACCGCCCCUGCCCUUCCAGACCAGCCAAGACGCACCCCCCAACCUGACAGCUUCUCUCUUUACACACAGUGAAGUUCAAGUCCUCGGCGACCCCUUCCCCGUUGUUAACCCUUCGUACACUUCCUCGUUUGUCCUCACCUGCCCGGAGGUCUCCGCGUUCGCCGGCGCCCAACGCACCAGCGGCAGUGACCAGCCUUCCGACCCCCUGAACUCGCCCUCCCUUCUUGCUCUGUGAACUCUUUAGACACACAAAACAAACAAACACACAAGGGAGAGAGAUUUGGAAGAGGAGGAGAGAGGGGAAGAGACACAGUGGGCGUGUGGCUUCCCUGGCUCUUCUGUCGGACCCUCUGCGGCCACUGCCAUCGGACACGAGCGCCUCCUUGCGUUUUGCGCCGCCUUUGUUUCUGGGCCCCGGCGAGGCCGGAGAGCUGGUGACUUUGGGGGCAGAGGGUGGGGAGGGGCCGGUAUGGGUAUGGGGGUGACCCCACCUGUGGGCAGUCUCCUGUGAGGCUGGAGGGAAGGGGAGUGGGUGGGAUCUGGGUGGGAGGGAGUCUGCUCCAGGGAGGUCCGACAAGGAAGUGCCACUCCACCGACUGUCCUCUGUGCUCACCCUACAGGGCGAGACUAGGCUGGCUCCCCCUUUACCCCACCUUCGCUAAUUUAUCCCACAUUUCUAUGGGGUCGGCCCUCCUCUGGGCAGAAUCUGGAGCCCGCCAUAGAGGGAAAGACUGCCACGUUGACAUUGUCCCUCCCCGCACCAGAUCAGCCUGAAAUGUGAACUUCCUUCCCUGACUGCCCAGCCGCUCCCUCCAGGGAAAACUGCCUCUGAUUUGAAUUUCUCACCUAAAGACUCCCCAAUUCAGCAGCCCCCGUUCCCAUUUCAGUAUUAUCCCGAGUCCCCCGCUCCGCCUCCAGCCUCCCUGGCCUUCCUUGUUGGGCCUUUCUGAUUUCAGGCAGCAGGGGGCGCUGUGGGCCCGUCCUGCUGGGGUGUUUAUACUGUGAAACGAUUGGCCGGAUUGUGGGGUGGAGCCGGGUGGGGUGCGACAGAACCCUUCUGGGGGGGAUUGUGCCCCCUACUCCCCGAAGCCUUUCCUUGAUCCCUCUCCCCACCCCAUCUGCCUUGUAUUCUCCCCUCAACAGUGAGUCAGACUCGAGGGGGUGACAGAAUCCAGAGGGGGUGACAGUUGUCCAUCCGCGUGGCUUCUCUCUCCUCAGGAGCCCCCCAGCCCCAAGCCCUGGCCUUUUUCUUCAAGGCCAAUCACCCUUCCCCAGCCUAGGACGCCAACUUCUCCCCACCUUGACACCCCACGUCCUCUCUAGAAAGGGAGCCAGGGGGCUCAACAUUUUUCCGGAGAAGAUUUAAGGGCUGAGGCUUUGGUCCCCGACCCCCAAGAUGUUUGGACUGGCAAACUCCAGGGGACUGGGUUCCCAGGAUCCCAGCUCCCCACCUCCCGACUGCCCUAGCCCCCGAUUUGGUUUCGGGUCUCCCAACCCGCUUUCCUUGUGCUUCACCUCGUGUGGAUUUUAUCACGAGGCAAAUUUAUAUUUUUUAAUAUGGGGGUGGGCCACGCCGCCCUCUGUGUUGCAUGGAGAACAUUCCACGUGCCCCGGUCCCGCGUCUCCCACCCUGAACCCAGGCCCCUCCCGUAGCUAUUUAUCCCUUUCCUGGUUUCCGAAAGGCACUUUUAUCUAUUAUGUAUAAAAUAUAUAUUAUAUAUGGGUGUGUGUGCGCGUGUGCGUGUACGAGCGCUUCUGUAACCUCGGCCUAGGCCGCGCGUCCCCUCGCGCGUGCAGAGAGCCUGCCGUUGAAUUGGAAACACUGCUUCUGGAAACUUCCAAUCAGCCCCCUCUGGCUGUCUUUUCUCUGGCUGUCUCUAUCCGACUGUCUCUAGCUGUCUCGCCCCACUGGUUGUGUCCGACAGUCUCUGGCUCUCUCUUUGCUGAGCGUCUCUCUCCCUCUUUUCUCUGCCUGUUUUUAUCUGACCCGCCUCCUCUCCACUGUCCCUGACUCCUGAGCUGUCUUCUGACUCUGGGCUCCUUGGGGACACGAGGGUUUUAUUUGUGUGAGUCCGCCUGAUGGUUCAUAGGUUUUUACAAUCUGUAUCCUUGAGAAUUCCGGGUGCGCGUGUGAGACGGUGAGCGGGGCCUGCCCCUGCCGAGUUUAUGGGACCCCCGACCCCCCACCCCGUGCAGUGUUUGUGGUUCUUUUUGUAUUUGCACCUGACCCCAGGGGGCUGGGGCCGACUGGCGCUGGGCCGCUCCCCUUCCCCCUUGGUUCUGCACUGUCGCCAAUAAACAGCUCUGAAAAAUA